GGAAGGAGCCCUGCGGAAGGGGCUGCGACAGCCACUGUGGGGCUUCAGGAGAAGGGAUUAUUGGCAGUGCCUGGAGCAGCUUUCCCUCGGGGAGGGAGGGAGACCGAGCCCUCUCUCCAGCAGCCUCCAUAGAGCCUCUACCUGCACGAAGGCACUGACAGCGCAGGGCCGUGGCCGCUGCUUCCUGCGCUCAGCCCUGCAGUGCAAAGUGCUGGCAGUGGCCAUGCAGCAGCUGGUGCAGAGCCCUCAGCUCCUGGAGGUGCGGCAUGUGGGGACUGCUGGGCUCCUGGUGGCUCUGAGGUGGUUUCAUGGAGUCUUGUGCUGUGUUUCAGUUCUAUGACUCGUCAGGCUCCAUCCUGGGUAAUGAAGAGCUGCGGGAGCCGUUCCUCUCCCUGGUGCUUGUGCUGACAGAGGUGGAUUUCUCCCUGAACCUGCAGAACUGCAGCUUCUUGGAUGAGAGCUGGCUGCUGCCGGUGUGCGUCAUGUAUGAGACGGUCCCAUGCCGAGCGCUGGGGAUGGUGGUGAGGUACGUGGAUGGCCGUGUCAUUGUCAUUGAGGUGCUUCCUGGGAGCCAGGCAGAGGUGGAUGAGGUGGUGCUGGCUGGGGACGUCCUAGAUGAGAUCAAUGGAUGCUCCUUGAGGAACGCCUACAGCGGGCAGGCCGGGGCGAUGCUGCAGAAGCUCAAGGGACAACCACUGAGCCUCCGUGUGCUGCGGUGGCAGGGGCACAAUGGUGAGGUCUAUGAGCCUUUGCUGCCCUACCUGGAGGCCGUGAAGAAGAAGGAGCCCCAUUUCCAGCUCCAGUGUGGCCCCAGGCACUGUGGCAGGGGGGAGAAGCGGAGGGUGCAGGGGGGCAGGCUGCUCUACAACCUGCGGUACCUGGGCCGGAUCGGUGUUGGGAUGUUUGGAGGCAAAGAGGUGCUGCAGAAAGCCAUUCCUGCUGUGCUGGAGAGCAGCUCAGCACCACGGGAGGUUUUAUUUGAUGUGAAGGAAACGGAAAUCCUUGUACAAGAGAAGGCAUCUCCCAGGGUCCUGUUUCGCCACCCCUACCCUGCAGUCUCCUGCGUGGGACGCUGCCUGAAGACCAGCAAUGUCUUUGCAUUCUGUGUCCUUGCCUCCUCAGGGAGCCCCAAAGGGAGCACGUUUGACUGCCUGGUGUUUGCAUCGAGUUCUGAGCAAGAAUGCGAGGAAAUCAUCCAGAGAAUUGCUGCAGGAUUUAAACACACCGAGUGGUUUGUCUGAUAAGGGAGGGCUGUGGCUCAGCUCUCCUCAGGCUCUGCUGACCCAGCUGUGCAAGAUGCAGGCUCUGGCUCCUCGAUCUGGAACUAGGAAGGUUUCCUUAUACUUGCAGGACAUUGCUGUGGAAGGAAGUGCAGCAAAAGCAGCUGGUCUUUAAAAAAAAAAAAUUGCAUGGAGAGGCCAGUGCUGACUUCCUGCGUGCCUUCAUCUAUGAACUACUGCUUUUCUUCUUCCUAAA